AAGGAAUCUAGGUUCCUUAAAUGCUCUACAGAUCCAUCGAAACCCAAGUUGUCUUCUGCAGAUGGGACUAAAGUGAGUACGAUCGAGGAGGCGGGUGUGGAUGUCCAGGAGAAUUUUGAUCCAGGAGUUUCCCUGGGUGAGGUUUCUUUUGAUAUGGAUAAUGAACCAUCAAGGAUUGCAAUCGAGCUGCCACAGACCUUAAAAUAUGAUUGCGGUAGCCCUGGCUGUGAUCCAACACCUUGUGUAAUCGAAAUGAAUUGUGUCUCUCAAUCAACCUUCAAAUCUCGCGCAAUUGUUCCGUUCGUUCAAGAGGCCUCUCAAAAAGGUUUAUCAGAGGAAGUUCAAGAGUCCUCUGAAAAAGGUUUAUCUGAUGGCGUGGAAGUAGCGGCCACUUUCCAGAUUGAGCGAAAAAGGGAAACUAUUGGAUCUGAGUGGGAGAGUUUGAUUCCUGAGACAUCUGACCUAUAGAUUUUCAGUUCCCCCAAUGAUUCUUAGGCUUUUAGGGGUGUAAUUCAGAAAUCAUUGGACCCUGGUACUACAUUUUGUUCUACUCUUGUUUCGCAGUUCCCACAAGAUGAUAUCGGUGAUUAUCAAGUUCAAACUGAAGGAACUGGUGGGCUCAGCGAAAUAAAUCAUUUCAAUG